CAUUUCAUCAGACCAGCAUCUCUGCAAAACUUGCAAAAAUGGCAUUUUUGGCUCUGGUUUUGGUAUUUUGUGCCUGUGUCUCUUUAAGUGAUUCUGCCUGCUCCUUGACACCUCUAAAUCCAGGGACAAGAUAUUGUGUCGAUGGCUAUGAUAACUCCAAGCAUCUAAUGGGAAGUACUUGGAUAAACAGACAAUGUGUCAGAUGUACCUGCUCCUCCCGGUCAAUGAGGUGCUGUGACAUGAUGGGCCGAGUGAUUAACCUGUCUCAAGGCUGCACUGUGAAGUAUGAUUACAACAAAUGCACAUUUGAAGUGUUUAAUCCAACAAACCCCACCAUUAAGUGUUCUUAUGGCGCUGUUGGAAAAUAAUUUCCAGUGAUCGAGUAAUGUGGAUUAAAAAAAUGUUU